CCGGGAGUCGGGCGCUGGGGCGGGCGGAGCGCAGCGCGGAGACGCGGCGGAACGGGGCCCGUGGCUCCGCGGGGGACCCGCGGACAGGUGUGCGGGCGGCCGGGCGCCUCGAGCUCCGGCAGCUCCAGGCCCGGGCCGCGGUCCGGAGCCGGCGAGCCGAGGGGAGGGGGCGGGGCGCGGAGCGGGCAAGCCCCGGGCCCCGCAGUCCAGUCCCGGCCGCGCCCGGGCUCAGCUUGGCCGCGGGGUGCGGGGACCACGGCCCGGCCAGGCCACCCGAAGCCUAGAGCCGGGCCGGGCCGGGCCGGGGUGGGGGCCAGUCCGGCCCGCCCAUGGGCUCAGGAUGCCGGUGCGGAGGGGCCACGUCGCGCCGCAGAACACCUUCCUGGACACCAUCAUCCGCAAGUUUGAGGGCCAGAGCCGCAAGUUCAUCAUCGCGAACGCUCGGGUGGAGAACUGCGCCGUCAUCUACUGCAACGACGGCUUCUGCGAGCUGUGCGGCUACUCGCGGGCCGAGGUGAUGCAGCGGCCCUGCACCUGCGACUUCCUGCACGGGCCGCGCACGCAGCGCCGCGCCGCCGCGCAAAUCGCGCAGGCCCUCCUGGGCGCCGAGGAGCGCAAAGUGGAGAUCGCCUUCUACCGGAAAGAUGGGAGCUGCUUCCUGUGUCUGGUGGAUGUGGUACCCGUGAAGAAUGAGGAUGGGGCUGUCAUCAUGUUCAUCCUCAACUUUGAGGUGGUGAUGGAGAAGGACAUGGUGGGGUCCCCGGCUCAUGACACCAAUCACCGGGGGCCCCCUAUCAGCUGGCUGGCCCCUGGCCGGGCUAAGACCUUCCGCCUAAAGCUGCCGGCCCUGCUGGCCCUGACGGCUCGCGAGUCAUCUGUGAGGCCAGGUGGCACGGGCAGCACAGGCGCCCCGGGAGCGGUGGUGGUGGAUGUAGACUUGUCUCCCGCGGCACCCAGCAGUGAGUCGCUGGCCCUGGAUGAAGUGUCGGCCAUGGACAACCACGUGGCCGGAAUGGGGCCGGCCGAGGAGAGGCGCGCGCUCGUGGGUCCCAGCUCACCGCCAGCCAGCGCACGGGGGCCGCACCCAUCCCCACGGGCGCACGGCCUCAAUCCCGAUGCCUCUGGUUCCAGCUGCAGCCUGGCCCGGACGCGCUCCCGAGAGAGCUGCGCCAGCGUGCGCCGCGCCUCAUCUGCUGACGACAUCGAGGCCAUGCGUGCAGGGGGGCUGCCCCCGCCGCCACGUCACGCCAGCACCGGGACCAUGCACCCCCUGCGCAGCGGCCUGCUCAACUCCACCUCAGACUCGGACCUCGUGCGCUACCGCACCAUUAGCAAGAUUCCCCAGAUCACGCUCAACUUCGUGGACCUCAAGGGUGACCCCUUCUUGGCCUCACCCACAAGUGACCGGGAGAUCAUAGCACCCAAGAUAAAGGAGCGUACCCACAAUGUCACUGAGAAGGUCACCCAGGUCCUAUCGCUGGGUGCCGACGUGCUGCCCGAGUACAAGCUGCAGGCGCCUCGUAUCCACCGCUGGACCAUCUUGCACUACAGCCCCUUCAAGGCUGUGUGGGACUGGCUCAUCCUGCUUCUGGUCAUCUACACGGCCGUCUUCACGCCCUACUCAGCUGCCUUCCUGCUGAAAGAGACCGAAGAGGGUUCCCAGGACCCUGACUGCGGCUAUGCUUGCCAGCCGCUGGCCGUGGUGGACCUCAUUGUGGACAUCAUGUUCAUUGUGGACAUCCUCAUCAACUUUCGUACCACCUAUGUCAAUGCCAAUGAGGAGGUGGUCAGCCACCCUGGCCGCAUUGCCGUCCACUACUUCAAGGGAUGGUUUCUCAUUGACAUGGUUGCCGCCAUUCCCUUUGACUUGCUCAUCUUCGGCUCUGGCUCUGAGGAGCUGAUCGGGCUGCUGAAGACCGCGAGGCUGCUGCGGCUGGUGCGCGUGGCGCGGAAGCUGGACCGCUACUCGGAGUACGGGGCGGCCGUGCUCUUCCUGCUCAUGUGCACCUUCGCGCUCAUUGCGCACUGGCUGGCCUGCAUCUGGUACGCCAUCGGCAACAUGGAGCAGCCGCACAUGGACUCGCGCAUCGGCUGGCUGCACAACCUGGGCGACCAGAUCGGCAAGCCUUACAACAGCAGCGGCCUGGGCGGCCCCUCCAUCAAGGACAAGUACGUCACGGCGCUCUACUUCACCUUCAGCAGCCUCACCAGCGUGGGCUUCGGCAACGUCUCCCCCAACACCAACUCCGAGAAGAUCUUCUCCAUCUGCGUCAUGCUCAUUGGCUCCCUCAUGUAUGCCAGCAUCUUCGGCAACGUGUCCGCCAUCAUCCAGCGGCUCUACUCGGGCACGGCCCGCUACCACACACAGAUGCUUCGGGUGCGGGAGUUCAUCCGUUUCCACCAGAUCCCCAACCCGCUGCGCCAGCGCCUGGAGGAGUACUUCCAGCACGCCUGGUCCUACACCAACGGCAUCGACAUGAACGCGGUGCUGAAGGGCUUCCCCGAGUGCCUGCAGGCGGACAUCUGCCUGCACCUGAACCGCUCACUGCUGCAGCACUGCAAGCCCUUCCGAGGGGCCACCAAGGGCUGCCUUCGGGCCCUGGCCAUGAAGUUCAAGACCACACAUGCACCACCAGGAGACACACUGGUGCACGCUGGGGACCUGCUCACCGCUCUCUACUUCAUCUCCAGGGGCUCCAUCGAGAUCCUUCGUGGCGACGUCGUGGUGGCCAUCUUGGGGAAGAAUGACAUCUUUGGAGAGCCUCUGAACCUGUAUGCUCGGCCUGGCAAGUCCAAUGGGGAUGUGAGGGCCCUCACCUACUGUGACCUCCACAAGAUCCACCGUGACGACCUGCUGGAAGUGCUGGACAUGUACCCUGAGUUUUCCGACCACUUCUGGUCCAGCCUGGAGAUCACUUUCAAUCUUCGAGAUACGAACAUGAUCCCCGGUUCCCCUGGCAGCGCGGAGUUGGAGGGUGGCUUCAACCGGCAGCGCAAGCGCAAGUUGUCCUUCCGCCGGCGCGCAGACAAGGACACGGAGCAGCCUGGGGAGGUGUCGGCCUUGGGAUCGGGCCGGGCGGGGGCAGGGCCCAGUGGCCGGGGCCGGCCAGGGGGACCGUGGGGGGAGGGCCCGUCCAGUGGCCCCUCCAGCCCUGAGAGCAGUGAGGAUGAAGGCCCAGGCCACAGCUCCAGCCCCCUUCGCCUGGUGCCCUUCUCCAGCCCCAGGCCCCCCGCAGAGCCGCCCGGCGGGGAGCCCUUGACUGAGGACUGUGACGAGAGCAGCCAUACCUGCAACCCCCUGUCAGGAGCUUUCUCUGGGGUGUCCAACAUUUUCAGCUUUUGGGGGGACAGUCGGGGCCGCCAGUACCAGGAGCUGCCUCGCUGUCCCGCCCCUGCCCCUAGCCUCCUUAACAUCCCUCUGUCCAGUCCCGGCCGGCGGCCACGGGGAGAUGUGGAGAGUAGGCUGGACGCACUCCAGCGGCAGCUCAACAGGCUGGAAACCCGGCUGAGUGCAGACAUGGCCACUGUCCUGCAGCUGCUACAGAGGCAAAUGACACUCGUCCCUCCUGCCUACAGUGCUGUGGCCACGCCCGGGCCAGGCCCCGCCCCCACCUCCCCUCUGCUGCCCGUCGUCGGCGCCAUCCCCACCCUCACCCUGGACUCGCUUUCUCAGGUUUCCCAGUUCAUGGCGUUUGAGGAGCUGCCCCCAGGAGCCCCAGAGCUCCCCCAAGAUGGCCCCACUCGACGCCUCUCCCUGCCGGGCCAGCUGGGGGCCCUCACCUCCCAGCCCCUGCACAGACAUGGCUCAGACCCCGGCAGUUAGUGGCACUGCUCAGUGUGGACACGUGGCUCACCCAGGGCCCAGGAAGCGCCCUGGGCCGCUCCCCCCGGAGGCCCUGCCCAGGAGGCCCUGGCCGUGGUAGAAGGGAGCAUGGUGAUGGACAGCUCCUCCCCUGCCUAGGGGUGGUCUUCUCCUGCAGUUCCCCUGGGCCCCAUAGGGAGGGGCAGGGCCAGGGCCAGGCAGUGGAGGGGGGUCUAUGGUUCCCCCACUGCCCUGGGGGCAUUAGCUGGUCUAACUGCCCGGAGGCACUGGCCCUGGGUCUUAGGCACCUCAAGGACUUUUCUGCUAUUUACUGCUCUUACUGUUAGGGAUAAUAAUUAAGGAUCAUAUGAGUAAUUAAUGAAGAUGCCGAUGACUAUGAAUAAUAAAUAAUUACCCUGA